AUGGCAUCCAAACACCCUCGCAAGGACCGAGUCCUCGACCUCAACAAGCGUGUCAAAAUCACAGAUGACAUGAUUGUUCGGCCCCUCAAGGAACCAAGAUUUAUGCCACCUUAUUUCGGGCAUGAACCACUCAACCCAGAUCUCUACGCAGGAGAAUGGGCAUUGCCAUCGGCUAUUAUUCCUACUAUGGACGGUCUCCCCUAUGACAUUGAAAAGGGCGCCGAUGAAGACUUGGGUGAUGGGGAAGACGAUGAUGACGAGGAGGAGAUUGAGAGAAUUUUCAAUGCCAUGCUCGCGAAGACCGACGACAAGGUGGUCGGUAAGCCUACAACCACCUCGGCACCACAGAGCCCGACCGAUCCGGAUCGCAUUGUCGUUGGUCCUCGACCUGUCGAAGGCAAGGGCAAAAAGCUAUGUGGUCUUGAAGACAUGGAUGAAGAUGAUAAGUUGAUCUACUAUCUCAAACUCGCCAAGUGGUCUGAGCGCGCCAUCCAUGAAAAGUUCGCGGCUGAAAAUCGCAUCGGUUACAAUCAAAAGACAAUCGGCACGCGCUUUGCUCGUAUGCGUCGUUUCAUCAUGGCAGAGACCGACCAGCGUCUCAAGGACGGUACAACUGUCUGGCUCGAAGCCGAGGAGAAACUUCUACCGGAGGCAGUGGUAUAUGCGACCCGACAAAUCAACAAGGAGUGUUUGGCCCUUCGACAGCGCAAGUGGGCACUGGUAUCCAACUUCAUCCAGAAGCGUGAACCUCUGGCCUUGUAUUCUGGCGAGGCGUGUCGUGAACAUUAUGAGACCUUGAUGUCGGCGGGGGAAUCGGAUGUUGCGACUUCUAGUGACCCGAAAGUGUCGAAGUUGCGCGUGGAACGUCUAAACCAGACUGCAUUGCUGGAGCACUUCAAACGUUCCGAAUGCCUCUAA